AUGGUUAUAAAAGAUUGGACCAAAGUAACUCCCGCACUUUCGCCGCCUGUAUUAAAUUGUAUCAAUAAACAGGGUUUUAAAACUAUGACACCAAUACAAGCGGCUGUUAUUCCUCUUAUACUAACCUGUAAGGAUGUCGUAGCUGAAGCGGUAACAGGCUCAGGAAAAACAUUGGCUUUUGUGGUUCCAUUAUUAGAAAUGUUAAUGAAGAAAGCAAAGGAUUCACCACUCCGUAAGGAUUAUAUCUAUGCUGUCAUUAUAUCUCCUACUAGAGAACUAGCUACACAAAUAGUAAAGGUUAUAGAAUUAUUUCUGGCUGAACCAGAGCUGAAGCACUUAACAAUUUCCUUGCUUGUUGGCGGUAGACCAAUAGAAAUGGAUGCUGAGAGUAUGAUGAAAGGUGCACAGAUCACAGUCUGUACACCGGGGAGGUUCCAGGAUUUGUUAGAGGAGAGAAAACACCUUAACCUGUCGGCUAGACUGAAAGAUCUGGAAUUCCUAGUCCUGGAUGAGGCUGAUAGACUGCUUGAUUUAGGAUUCAGUGCCACCCUUACAACAAUUUUACAAUACUUACCAAGACAAAGACGAACAGGCUUGUUCUCAGCAACUCAGACUAAAGAGUUGCAAGAUCUCGUCAGAGCUGGUUUGAGGAAUCCAGUGUUGAUAAGUGUUAAGGAGAAAUCCACCAUAAGCACUCCUAUCGCAUUAGAAAACUUCUACAUCAUCGUGGAACCGCAAGAUAAACUUUUAGUUCUACUUAAUUUCAUUAGAAAUAGGAAGGUCACGAAGGGUCUCUUCUUUCUACCAACUUGUGCGUGUGUUGACUACUGGGCGGACGUUCUGCCGGGUUUCUUACCAGAGAUGAAGAUAUAUGCGAUACACGGUAAAAUGAAACAGAAAAGAAACAAAAUAUUGGAAAAAUUCAGAGCCGCAGAGAAUACCAUCUUGUUGUGCACAGAUUUGUUGGCACGAGGUCUGGAUAUCCCUUCAGUGGAAUGGGUGCUCCAGUGGGAGCCUCCAACCAGCCCCGCCGCGCUGGUGCACCGCGCAGGGAGAAGUGCCCGCGGAGGCUGCGCUGGCGCCUCCCUCUUACCGCUGCUGCCCACUGAGGAUUCCUACGUGCCAUUUAUCAAGAGCAACCAGAAAGUAGAGCUUAAAGACUACAAGAGCUCUAACGAUGUGAUCAAGAUAACUGAUAAACUCAAAGAUAAGGUUUUAUCCAUUCUUCACGAUCAGCAAGUAAAAGAUAGGGCUAUAUUUGAUAAGGGACAGAGGGCUUUUGUUUCUCAUAUACGAGCUUACUCAAAACACGAAUGCAAUUUACUUUUACAACUCAAAGAACUACCUUUGGGUCACAUUGCUACAAGCUAUGGCCUCAUUAAAUUGCCCCUGAUGCCAGAGAUAAAAGACGAACACAAGAAACAGUUCGUGGGUCCCAAAGAGGCGAUAGAUUUCAACAGCAUACCGUAUAAAGACAAACAGAAGGAACAAAGCAGAUUGCAAAAGUUGGAAGAGUAUAAGAAGACGGGGACAUGGCCAUCAAAAAAGAAAAAGAAAAUGUCUCAAUCCAAGCCGUGGGAGCAAACGAAACUGAAUAAGCUUGAAAAGCAAGACAAGAGGAAGAAAAGGAAAGAAUUAAAGAAGAAGUUAAACGAAGAAGGAAAGAAAGGGAAGAAACGAAAAACAGUUACUCAAGAGGAACUUGAUGAGCUGGCAGCUGAUGUAGCUUUGAUAAAGAAGUUGAAAAAGAGGAAGAUAACAGCUGAACAGUUCGAUCAAGCAUUUGAUACGGACAAAUAA